CUGUCCUAGGUACGCACGCGCCUGCUGGAGGGGAAAAAAAUAGGACGCUGAGAGAAUCACGUGCCAUAGGUCGGCGCAAGCGCGCUUCGUGCAAAUCAAGCGAUGGGUACCUCUUUCCCCCUCCUUUCUCCUUCCAGCGCGUGACUUGAGGCAUAGUGCCUUUCAGUCAACUGUCGGAGCUCGAGCUUUUUUUGCUGCCAAUCAGCUUCCUCCUCCCCGCCCCGUCAGGCCAGGGGCGCGUGUUUUAUUCUCCAGCCAAGCGGAAUUUGGAGUCUAGGGCAAAGUCCCGCGCGAAGCUCAAGGCUACCUGGGCGCGUCUUCCCUUCCAGCUCGUUCCUCCUCGCCCCCUCCCCCGGCCUCCUCUCCGCUUGAGAGGUGCUCACGGCAGCGAAGGCAAUAACAGGGCCCUGUGGUUAAGCCCCGAAGCCGCCCGUCAGCUCCCUCCCUCUCGUCUCCAAACCUGCGACGAGUUCUGCCGGGCUGACCGCCCCGACUCCCCUUCCCCCCCGACGCUCCUCCCGGCACCAUGCAGGGAUCAAAAAAACUAGUGAACACCAUUCUAGGUUGUGCAGAUGAUUCAUUGGCUGGAAUUGUGGCCUGUAAUCCACAUCUCCAGCUGCUGCAAGGCCACAGAGUAGCACUGCGUUCUGACUUGGAGAAUGUCCAGGGCAAAGUGGCACUUAUUUCUGGAGGUGGAUCUGGACAUGAGCCUGCACAUGCAGGAUACAUUGGAAAGGGAAUGCUUACUGGAGUGGUGGCUGGUCCAGUAUUCACAUCCCCUGCAGUGGGUAGCAUUUUAGCAGCAAUUCGGGCUGUAAAAGAAGCUGGAGCAGUUGGGAUACUGUUAAUAGUGAAGAACUACACUGGGGACCGUUUGAAUUUUGGGCUAGCAUUGGAACAGGCAAGGGCAGAGGGGAUUACUGUGGACAUGGUGGUGGUUGGUGAUGACUCAGCUUUUAUCACACAGAAAAAAGCUGGACGGAGAGGACUGUGUGGUACCGUACUUAUACAUAAGGUGGCUGGGGCUCUUGCUGAGGCAGGUGUUGGUCUGAAUGAAAUUGUUCGAAGAGUUACUGCUGUCAAAGGAGAAAUGGGCACCCUUGGAGUGAGUCUGUCUCCUUGCAGUGUCCCUGGAUCAAGACCCACCUUUGAGCUUGCUGCUGAUGAGCUUGAGUUAGGUUUGGGAAUUCAUGGGGAAGCAGGUGUACGCAGGAUGAAGGUUACAUCAGCAGACCAGAUUGUGAAGAUAAUGCUGGAUCAGAUGACCAAUGCUUCCAGCGCGUCACGUCUGCAAGUCAGGCCUGGUGAUUCUGUAGUUUUGGUAGUAAACAACUUGGGUGGAUUAUCCUACCUUGAGUUGGGGAUAGUAGCUGGAUCUGCUGUACAUUAUCUUGAGAACAAGGGUGUUCAUAUUGCCCGGGCUUAUGUUGGCUCUUUUAUGACUGCACUUGAGAUGGCAGGUGUAUCCCUUACUCUUCUGCUUGUGGAUGAUGAAAUCUUAAGCCUUCUCGAUUCAGAUACUUCAGCUGUUGCCUGGUCACAGCCUGCCAAAGUGCCUGUGUCAGGCCAGAGAAGAGAACGGAGAGCACCUAAGGAGACUCCUGAGGAAGAGGAGUCUUCACCACAAGAGCCAGCCUCCCCGCACAUGAAAAAUGUUCUAGAGAGUGUGUGUAAUACACUGCUCGGCCUACAGGAGGAGCUUAAUGAUUUGGAUCGGGCUGCAGGCGACGGGGACUGUGGCAGCACUCAUGCUAGGGCUGCUAGAGCAAUUCAGGAAUGGCUGGAUGCAAAACCUCUCCCUGGGCACCCAUCACAGCUGCUCUCUGUUCUUGCAAAGUUGUUGCUGGAGAAGAUGGGAGGUUCUUCUGGGGCGCUCUAUGGACUCUUUCUGAUAGCAGCUGCUCAGCCUCUCCGGAUUGACAGUGACCUACCAGCCUGGUCUUUUGCCAUGGAUGCUGGUAUUAAUGCCAUGAUGCGGUAUGGAGGUGCUGAACCUGGAGAUAGAACCAUGCUGGAUUCACUCUGUGCUGCUGCUGAAGAACUGAGGGCUCUGAAGAACCCUAAGAUUAAUCCUCUGGAGAUUCUAGCCAAAGCUGUAAAGGAGGCAGAAGCUGCAGCUGAAUCCACAAAACACAUGAAAGCUGCUGCUGGCAGAGCCAGUUAUAUUAGCUCAGCCCGCCUAGAGCAGCCAGACCCUGGCGCUGUAGCAGUUGCAGCUAUUCUCCGUGCAGUACUGGAAGGGCUACAGGUUAAACCAGUGUAAGAUCAAUGGAGAAGAUCUACAAUGUUUCAAGUGCCAUUACAGAAAUAUUUUAUAAUAUUUUAUGACAAAAUUAGGGUCACAAAAGUAUUGCACUGGUAAAAAGGUAAUUUUUUAAAAAAAUGCUAAGGCCAUGUACAACUGCAGAUAUUACUUUCCCAUUCUUUAAAAAUAUCAAAUUUUCUAGUCUUGAAAAAGACAAAUGAACGAUGGGAGACAUUUGGGAAAAGAAUGAAUCAAGCAUCAUAUGGACAUCCCGUAAAAAGUGAGAGAGGAAAUGCGAACUUCACCACUAAAUGCCUAGUGUGGUAACACCCACAAACCUUAACACGAAUAGAGUUGUAAGGAAUCAUUUAUUUAACAGAUAAUUGAGGU